CUUCCCCGUCGUGGCAGCAGCAAUUGGAGCUCACCCUGAUCAGCUGGACAGGUCUGAUCGUGGGCCACUGCCAAGUCCUACCCAUCUGCUCGUUUGGGCUCUUUGUUAAGUUGACGCCUCAUAUUCCCGGAUUGGCUCCGACGACCUGCUCUCUCUCGCCUCGUCCAUCUUCCUCCUACGUCACUCGAGUGACUUUCUUUUCCCUCUACCGUAUACCUUGAUGUAACUCAUCAUGCAAGCCCGAACUCCCCGUCCCAAAACCCCGAACUGGUCCCCCCCGCCGCCCCUCGUCGUGUUUGUUCGCAACCUCCGGCUGCUCCAACUGGAUACGCACCGUGACUGGCCCAACAUCACCCUCCGCUCGCUGGCCGAUACCUCGCAGAACCAGCGCCAGCGCCUCAAGCUCGUCGAAUGGGGUCUCUACCAGCUAGUCACCAUCUGGGAUCCCGACACCGCACGCGAUAAACUCCGCCCCUUCUUCCCUCCACUCGAGCCGCUGCAGUCCGUCAAUUUGCGUGCCGCCUUGUUCCGCGUGCUAUCCGAGUUGAAGAAGCAAGGUGACCUGGGCAGGGAAAUAAUCCUGCGGAAGUCAAUGCUGGAUGACUGUAGAGGCGAGAAACUGGACGAGCUCCUUGCCUCAUUCUCCACUGCCGUCUUACGGAAGACGCUGGCUGCUUCUUCAGAUUCCAGGCUUCAGAAUGUGGCUGCCAACCUGUCAAUGGCUCAGGGCCUCACCCUCCAGGAGUAUCAGCUGAUGCUGCCUCUGAUUAUUGCUCACCGGGCCUCCCUGAACCAUAUUGGCAGCGACUACGAUCAAGCGAGAGAUGCACAGGCGAGGUUCUCUCAGCUACUGGACCUCAAACAACGGCAGCUGGAUGAGCGAUCGACUGAGCAGCCGCCAUCGAUCUCUAGUGAUGACGUCGACUUCGAUGCGUUGGCUGGCGAACUCAGAGCCAACUGGCAUGGCCGCGAGCAAUGGGUUGAUGCACUGCUUCAUUCGGGCGCACGGAGCACUAAUGAUAGCUUCCUGGAUCUGCCCUUUGAGUCUGCCUGGGCAAAAGCGAAGGAGUCGAGCGUCGACGACCUUACCGCGAACACUAGGCCGGAUCUGCUGGUCGACCUGGAGUCACGAGUCGUCCGUCAGCGCGCCCGCAUGCAGCGCUGGCGUCAGUACAGCGCUGAUAUGCGGAAGCACAAUCGCGUAGACUCGACCAGCUCCCAGAAGACACAGCCUUCGUUGGUGUUUCGUGAUCAUCAAGCAUUGACCGUUGCGAGUAUUUCCAGGGCCAUCCGAGAGCCGGUGGAAAGGGCCUCCUUGAAGGCCGAAGACCGAACCCUUCUGUUCUCCAUGACAGAAGCCAUCGCGCGCAUCAAUGGUCGGCCCUCCACACAUCGUCGGCAUGUCAGCGAAUCAAGACAAUUGCGCGAAUUGCCUGUCAUUGGUCCCUCCGCACCGGCAGAGGAAAGCACCCCAGCUGAAGAGAGCAAAACACCGUCGCCUAUCGACCAAGAGCAACCUGCUCAACCUACCACGGCCAAGAAAGAGAACAUUCCACCAACACAGAUAGAGGACCAUCGUGGCUCCGCUUUAGACGAGAAAGAUCCCGAGCCCGUCACGAACACAAGCAAUAGAUUCACCCUUGUUGAACGAACCCGCAAAUCGAUGUCUCUAGUCCCACCACCUACAUACAUCAAGCCUCGGGAACGAUUCCGAUCACAUCGGCCUCGUCCCUCGUUUCCUGUCAACCAAUUCGAGACGCCCCGGAAACAGCCAUCUCCCAGCCGGGCCUCCACCCCGCGCGAUGAAUUGUUCAACGAGGAAGCGGACUACGCCAGUGUGUUCAAGUCCCGGCCGCGCGUCGCGCAUAGUCCCAUCGCGUCGCCGGCGGUGCAUAUCAGUCCGAUUGGGGACUUCGACCUGGACGCCGAUAUAGAUGUGGACGAGUUCGAGAGAGAGUACCUUGAUCAGACGCCGUUGGCCUCCAGACGAAGAUUAUGA